GGAGGGGGCGGAUCGGUUUGACACACUCAGAAAAAACACAACAACCGUCUCCAGUCAGCAAACAUCCAGCAGAGCUCCGAGAGCGACGAGGCGCGCGCGUCUUACCGCCAAGUCCCGAGAACACGCCGAAACCCGCGCGCCAAGAUACCACCCAUUACCACGGAACACGCGCUUUGUGGCGGGAGUUUACCGCUGAGGCGUCGGAUGGAUGAUGAGGAGGACGACAUGUCGCGGCCCGUCUCACAGCUCUGGGGAACUCCCUUUAGGGACGUCAAAUUCCAGGAGCGAGCCAUACAGAUCACCGGCGGGGGAGACUUCCCGUUGCAGGAGCACGCCACCGACGUGCCGUCCUGCAGCUUCCGCUGGCAGCCGCGCCGGCCUUUUCACGGAAACGCUGGGCUGCGCUCACAUUUUCCCGCCCAGUUUGAGCCCAUGGAGGACCGGGGGCCCAGACCAACGGGAGAGGAAGAGGAGGAGGAGGAAGAGGAGGACAGGGGCCGGCAGAAUGAGGCGCUGGCCGAAAGGCCCGAGGAGCAGCCGGAGGUGAGCGUGGAGGUCCAGAUCGGGCGGAAACUUCGGGAGAUCGGAGACCAGUUCAACCAGGAUCACAUGGAAGUGUUUAUGCGGCACCGGCGGCAGAACGUCCCACUGUGGAUGCGGCUCACCGCCGCCCUGUUCGGCCUUCUGUUCCCGAGGGGAGCUCCGCCCCCUCGCCUGCGUGGAGCGCUGCGAUAAAGGACUUCCUCUGAGCCUUCGCCGCCCGCGCAGGGCUCGGACUCGGCACUGUACGAUGGAAGACGGGUUUGGAUUCCAGUAGAAUAUGAGAUGAAGAAGGUCACCGCUGGACGGAGACUGAAUACUUUUUUGUUCCUCUCAGAGAAGAAGCCAUUGUGUUUGAAGAGAUAUUUUCUAAAUAUUUGUAAGAUUAGCUAUUUUGUACAGUAUCUGCUCUUUUAUUUUGAAGUCCCGGAGGACCGCCAUCAGUCCAGGGAAUGCCUUACUCUCUCCUGCCACAAAACGAGGAAACCCCGAGAGAGACGAGCGUUCAGAUCGGCGGCGCUGAGGACGGCGGCGCUCCACCCUUCCAGACGCCGUCAGGCGACCCACUGUGUGCAUUCAGACACUGCUCCAACCACCCCUACUUGAAUCAGGCGUGCUGACGUAACCGUGGUUACGACCUCCGCUCAGGUGUCUGCUGAGCGCCGGCAAAUUCCGGAUCCAGUCUGAAACCAAAAAAAGCACAGUUCAAGGACUCUACGAUCAGGGAACAAGCAACAAUCGACUGAAAGACUUUGGAUAAACGUCUUUUUUUUCACUGACAAUCGCAUCGGCGCCCUUCGCUGCACGCCGUUUCCUGUGAAAGAGGCGGCAACCAAAGGGGCGAGCAAUAUUCACGCCAGUGGACGGAUUCUGCAAUCAGCGGCAUUGAGAUGCUUUUUUCUUUGACUUCACUCCCGCUGUAAAUGUCUCAAACGAUCGAUGUGCCGACAUGCAAACCAGAGAUUUGAAACGGAGCGCUUCACUCAGUCAGGAGGUCUCGUGUACAGUUUAGAAAUCCUUUAUUUUUGGUUGUUCUUCUGCCACACACCGACACAGCCACUGUCUGCCGACGUCGGAGCUUCAAGCUCCAGACGCGGCGUUUUAUUUCAGCAUGUGGUGGAUUUAAACGUUGUAAGACACUGAUGGUUUCUGAUGAUUCCCUUCAGGGAUGAUGGUUACGCGCGUCUGCCAGCAUCCGCCGGUGCUGCUGCAGCCAGCGGCGGCGCUCUUGGCCGAGUGUGUCUCCUUCGAGGAGCUGAACCGAACGUUUGUUUCCUGCAAACACUGAACGCUGAGCCAAUUCUGACUGACGUGACACGCUCCCCAGAGUGCCGCCGUGCCGCGUAGCCGCUCCCCAAACACAGCUUGUUUUCAGGUCAUUUAUUCGAAGUUAUUUGGCGUACGUUCGCGCGAUGCUACUGUCCAGGUCUGGACUCGUCUUCUGUCGGGAGGGGCGCUCAGUGGGGGGUCGGAGGGCCGCGCUGGGCCUCGUGCUGGCUCACACAAAAACACAAGUGAGUCUUUCUCAAAGGAAAGGCUGACAAUCAAAUGUACAACACGUGCCUUGUGAGUGACAGCCAGGCCGCCGCCGCCGCUGCCGCCGCCGCUGCCGCCGCCACCGCAGCGUCCUAAUAUCCACGCUCCCUCCUCACCUGUUAUGCAGCAGAUUCCUGCAGAAAUACUCUGGUGUUUGACGCAAACAUGAAAUCCUCCAUCAUGGUUUCUGAAAAACCUACAUCUAAAACCUAAACCUCAUGAAAGCUGAAGAUUUCUGCAGCAAAACCAGAACAAUGCUCAUAUUUUGAGACAUAAAUAAAAAUUUCUCAUUGUUUAUUAAAAAAAUACCUACAGGGAUUCCUUCUAUUUAGUCUGAUUCUCAUAAAAACUAAAGAUUUCUUUCUCAAAAAUGGAGAUAAAUGUUUUAGUUUUGCUUGCAACAAAUUGAACACAUUAAAUAACUUAACAUAUGAGAUUAUAAACAAUAUAUUUUAGCUUUCCAACGUCUCAGAACCUUUUAGUAUCAAAGUCCUCGUCGUAUUUGGUUGAGAAUCUUCUCCCACAUCAGAGUAUUUUUGCGGCACUCCGUUCCCAGACCUGCUGCAGCGUCUGUGAGGUUGGAAUCCUCCAGACGCUCUGGAGGCACAGGCUCCGCCUCCAUCCUCUGCGAUCGAUCUGCGUACCGGCGCUCCUCGAUUCUUGAAGCUCCUAAAGACGAAUGCUGGACCUGCCGGGCUCGUCUGUCGUCCUUCAUAUCUGGUCGAGCUGCAGGAUGACCUUUGACCUUUGAAGGAAGAAGGAUUCGCCGCCGUUCUUCUCGUGUUGAUCUGAGCCAUAAACAUCCUGUCCUGAACUGGACUCCAGUGAAAAGUCGAACCGUCAGUGUCUUUAUGAUCCUUUUUCCAAUUUUAAACCAAGGAAGAGUUCUUCUUUACUGUAGUGCUGUGAAUUGGUGUUUUUCUACCUUGGACAUGAAUCGACUCUGUUACGAUCUUUCUAUGAGAUUUGAUAAUGUUUUACACUCGUUUUUGUAAGAAGACAAAGAGAAGAGCAGCAACAUGACAGCAGCUUUUCUCUGGUGGAUUCACUCAGUUAAAGGGCUUCGUUUCUCAAACAUGGAGUACAAAUGCAUGUCCUACAUUCCUGAAGAAGUGCAUCCUGAUGGUCUGAAUGUACGUUAACGGAGUGAAACCACAUCCUCUCUCAUGAACUCGGCGGGACGCUUUUCUCGCCGUCUUGCUUUUCUCCGGCGGUCUCAAAGAUGUCGCGCUCACGAGGGUGACGAAGUGAGGCCCAGUCCACAUGUAGCAGAUUUAUUUCUUUCCUUAAUUUAAGAGAGCGAUGAGCGCGUCAUCUUUGGGACCGCCCUGUUCCCGCCGCUCCGAUCGGAGACGACGCCGGAGGAGGACGCCGUUCUUUUUAGUGCAAUACGCUGUACAUAUGAGCUUGGCUCACGAAAUCUUUUCCAUUUCUCCUGAGUUUUUGUUGUAAAAUGGGUACAUUGCUGUUUUUUUUUCAUUAAAUCUUUAUGGUUAA